AGGAACUGACCAAUCAGCAGGCAGGAUGAUGCCCAAGCAGCUGGCUCAGACAUCUCCUGGGAGCGUGUUGUCGCUGAGAGCGACCAGCAUCCCGGGAUCCCCCGCCGCUGCCAUCGUGGCUCGAGUGGAGGACGGGGUUAUCGGCUACAAGGACUUGGCAGCGUUACCGAGAGACAAAGCCAUCCUGGACAUAGAGAGACCAGACCUGAUGAUCUACCAGCCGCACUACAGCUACAGCCCUCUGGAGAGGUCCUUGUCUCCUCGCUCCAUCUCUCCUCCGCCCUCCCCAGAGAAGGAGUCCAGGGAGUGGCUGGAGAAAUGUUCUCCUGGAGGUUCCUCCCCUUGUUCCACCAUCCAGACCAGCAGAACACACAGCUCGCACACGCCGUCCACACCGCACACACCUAACACGCCAAACACGCCGCAAACACAGUGCAGCGGUCUCAAGAGUGGAGCCAUGCACCACUUCCACAGGCCUGAAAACGGCACCAACAUCUACAAGAAGCCUCCGAUCUACAAACAAGAUGUGUCGUCCUCUCAGGUCCCUCAGGGGAAACACAUCGAGGAUCUGAUCAUCGAGUCGUCAAAGUUUCCAGCAGCUCAUCCUCCGGACCCGAACCUGCCCUCCAAGAUAGAGACAGAGUAUUGGCCCUGCCCCCCAUCGCUGGCUGUGAUUGAGAAGGAGUGGAGGAAGAAGGAGCAGCGGGAUGGAGAUGAGGAGGAGGAUGGAGAGCUGGACGAUGAGCUGUGGGGACUCAGAGCUCUUCAGAAACAGGAACUCAACAAGAUUCAGUCAAAUCUGGGAAAAAUCAUCCUGAAGGAGGAGUUGGACAAGUCUGCAGCUCCUCUGAGGAGGAAAACUCGCUCACUGCCGGAUCGCAGCCACAACACAGGCUCCAACGCCUCCAAGUCUGUUUACUUCCCUGCGUCCUCUAAGAGCGGCCUGUCCAGGGUGAGAACAGCUCCACAGAGUCGUCCAAUCACAGCACAGAAUAACCAUGAAGGUGAUCAACAUGUUUGUGUUUGUUUUUUACAGCUUCAGUCAGCAGAGUUCAGCUCGGCUGAGAAAACUCCUGCAGAUCUUCAGAACGGAGACUCCAGGAUGGACCGAGGAAACUCUCUCCCCAGCAUGUUGGAGCAAAAAAUCUACCCCUACGAGACGCUGGUGGUGACUCACAGAGGGCGGCGCAAACUUCCUCCCGGUGUGGACAGAACCAGGCUGGAGAGGCACCUCUCUCAGGAGGAGUUCUUCAGUGUUUUCGGGAUGUCCAUCGAGGAGUUCGACCAGCUGUCUCUCUGGAAGAGGAACGACAUGAAGAAGAAAGUCUGUCUCUUCUGACUGACCGCACUGGGACUGCAUCUCCCACAAUCCCCCGCUCCUUCUGGAUCUCUGCAGGAUCCUGAAAACCACACAGACUCUGAACAUGAAACAUCAGCACAUCAGCACCGCCGCCAUCAUCGUCACAGUGAGACGCUCGGGAUGCGUCUCGGGCUUCAGGUUUGAUGUGAUUCACAGUGAAGCGUUUGAGGAGAAAAACACAGAGUGAGUUUAGAUUUCUGCUGCACACAAACUCCGCCUGUUUCAACGCAGAGCUGCAGAGCUGCAGAGCUUCUGUUCAAUAAGCUUAAGUUUGUAGAUGUCCGUGGAAACGUAUUUAUAAAAUAAAGUAGUGAGUGAGCACAACAGAUAGAGGCACCAUGAGGGAGCACAGAACAACCGCAGGAUUUCAUUAAUCAUCUUGAGUUUUGGAGGUUUGUGCAACUUGUAUUUAAACUCUGAGCACAUCAACUCAACAUGCUUAUGUAGAGUUCUCCUUUUAAAGCUCAGACACUAAAAAAAAAUAUGGACUAAAUUCAUUUAAAGGACAUUCCAGUCUCUAUACUUCUGGCCCUGUUUUUGCAUAUCUCGGGGUCAUAAUUGCUUCAGUAGUUUUCUUCAGACGACGGCCCUGAAACAGGCUGUUAUGUCUCCAACGGAAGACUUCCAAACAAUCACAGGCUUUGAUUGUUAUUCU